GGACGAAGCGGGGCUCCACGGGGCGAUCCGGCCCUCGCGCCCUCAGGCCGCGGAGCCGCCUCCUGCCCUUCUUCCGGCGGCCCAGCGGUGCGGGCGGGAGAGCGGUGCGUUUGUCGGGCAUCUGAGGGGCAGCCGCGAGGGGUCCUUGCGCGCGACCUUGAGGGCCCUUGGCGAAGCCCCGCCCCCGGCCCCUCGACCGACAGGCUGCGCGCCCGCCCGACGGCUCUCUCUCGCCCUUCUUCGGCUUCUGUCUUCUGGCUGCACUCGGGCUCCAGCGAUGGCGCAGGCCGCGCAGAAGCUGGCCAAGGCCGUCACCACGCGGGGACCGCUGCUCGUCUCCGCGGCCGUGUCUUACUCGAGGCCCCGGCUGGCCACCUUCUGGCGCUACGCGAGGGUCGAGCUGGCCCCGCCGACGCCAGCAGAAAUCCCGCAGGCCAUCGACAGCAUGAAGGCCUUGGUCAAGAGCUUCCAGUCCGGGCGCCUGGCCCAGACCACCGUCAAGGAAGCUCUCAGGAACGGUUUGGUGGCUACCGAGGUGCUGAUGUGGUUUUACAUUGGCGAGAUCAUUGGCAAACGUGGACUGGUUGGAUAUGACGUCUAAAAAAGAUUGUAGUUUUUGUCUUUCACGUCCUAGUGGUGUCUUAAUACUAUUAAAUAUCACAAUGAGAUGGAA